AUGGUCAUCAAGUCAGCUGGAGAGCCAACAGAGGAUGCUUACCAUGGUGCAGUGACGCCGAAGGUUUCCCAGGUUCUAACUGUACCUAAGAAAAUCAAGAACGUGAUACAUGAAGUUGUACGAUAUCCCUCUCUAACGUUUGUGGAGGGAGCCGGAGCAGAACAGGACAGCAAUACGGCCAUUAAGAGUGCCAAUUUAAAGAGUGAAUUGAUUAUCGAUGAAAAUAGUAGUCAGAAUUUGGUGGGAAAGCAUUUAUUUGACAAUAGUUCUGCACAUUCUAUUGCUUCAUUAGAUAGUGAAUCGACGAUACCCGUUGAUGCUGCUAGUGCUGUUACAAGCACCAAUAGGUUCAACCCAUUUGGUUCUCAGGAAAUCAUAUCGUCUAGUUCGGCCUCCUUUAUUACAAGUGAUUAUAUUACGGCAAAUACGGUAGUUGAUUCGAAAGAUAACGAUAUCACUGCAGCUGCCAAUUCUACCGGUGGAACCCUUACCAGGUCGACUGCAGAUACUGAUAUAAUGACGGUGGGCUCUAGAAAAUUCUCUGUGGAUACGCGGACGUCAUUUGCCUUACCAAUGCAACCACUCACGAGUGCUAAUUAUCUAUAUACACACCAGAGGCACGGUACAGAAUUUUCGACCAAUCCUAGUAUGGCCACUUCGGAGGAGACUGGUCAGACAUAUCAAUCGCUGUUGCACCAGGUUACGGUACUUAAGAACGAACCCAAGUCGAUGGAAGAAGAGUCAUUCAUUUACCAUGAUGCAAAUCCAGAUCUAAAUAGCGGGCUCGUUUUCCAUACUCGUAGAUCUUCAAGGUUCAGCUAUGCUGAAUCGGAAUAUGCUGAAGGCCAUUCCGGUAAUGUUUCUCCGGUAUCUAGGAAAAGGGUGCUGGUACUAGAUGACCCUUUAAGGUCCAUACAAAUAUCUCAGUUUCCUCAGUUGUCCUCCAGCUCUUCCCUUAGAGCACCCAAUAGUGGGGCUCCCUCUCCUACUACUUUGCAUGUCAAACGCCAGCCCAUUGUCUCUCAUGUGAGGCAGGUGUCUCAGAGAUUAUUUAGUAAUUCCAACACCGAUGUUGAUCGGCGCUCGUUUGCUGACGAUUCUACUUCUACUACUCUUUGCAGGACGCCGCUUUACAAAAAUUCUGCCGAGAAUAAGCAACGAUUAUGUUUGAGCCCUAUUGACGAUUAUGACAUUGAUGAAGCAGAGGAGCUAAAUGAAGUGGAGUCGCUACUUUCCCGGCCAUUCAGAAAGUCUGGUUACUCUCAAACUGAUAGAUUUGAUCAGACACCAUAUCGAUACGGAUCUGUCAAUAUAACGAAGAACACGGAUGAUGACGGGGAUGCAGAUGCCGGUGGCGAUUUUGUCAAUGAAACUGGGUAUUGUUACAACUCUCCGCAUAACUACAAGUCUAUGUACUACAGGCAGAAUUUGAUAUUGAAGGUGUUGAAAACCACCUUGUACGUUUUCUUUGGUAUAUUGCUGUUCUUCGCCUCAAUUCGAUUAGUGGUACUUAAAAACUGCGAUAACAGCCUCUCCAAUCUUACAUUGACUUCCUUGAAUAAUGUCUUGAUGAGUAACGAACUAUUACUCUUCGAAGUUACAGCUUCUGCCACGAAUAAAAACUUUCAAGAUGUGAAUAUAUGGAGCAUGGAUGUGGAUGUUUUCAUGCAAACGGAUUCGGAAUUGCUAGAUGCAUCGUCUUCUAAAAGCGACAUUGCCAUACUCUUGGGAAACUCGACUAGUUUCAUUACUCCAUUGAAAUUUCAAGGUAUAUUUAAUACAGAAGAGACUGAUAUUGUGUUAACUGCUCUCCCAGAGCGCAUAUGGCAUCGUUUGACCCAUAAAAGCGAAAUUGCACCUCAAUCUACUAGUGGGCAGGUCAAAAUUCAAUAUCCUGGCAAAAGUUUCAGAUAUAAGGGAGAGCCGCUCAACUCAGAUCAAUGGGGAGCCAUCUUAAACUCGAAGUUUAAGCUCAUUGUGAGAGGUUCUUUCAACUAUCAUCUUCCCCUGAUGUCAAACAACGAAGUUGUAAGUGUUACAAGCGAGGUGAAUGUUAAACCAGAAAAAUAA